GCGGAUCAUCCCUCAGCCUGACCCCCAAAACCCAAACUGCCAGUCCAAUGGGUGAUUCCUGCCCAGUGAUCACGACAGUCGAAUAACAAACGGCUUUUCUUCUCUUUUGUCCCCCACUUUUCAGCUGGACCGCCCGCGUUUACGAGGCACGGGGGCUGGUCCGUUUUCUUUCCCUCUGGCACUGAGGCUCAGUCUUAUUUCUCUUCGCUUCUCUUCUUCGUCCGGUUAUCUUUCGCUUUCUUUAUUUUUUUUACUUCUUUCGCACCCAGAGGUUACCCCUCCUUGUGCUUUGCUUUUAACCCCUGUCAUCUUCUUGGGAAUUCUUAAUCCCACCACAGCUGUUUCUUGGAAAGUUGUGUUUGCCAAGUGUUUCUUUCCACUACGUCACUUCUUGUGUCUCCUCUCUUGAAUCACAAAACCGCCCCGCUUCGACAGUCCACAUCCUCAACUGUCAUCAUUGGAAACACAAAAGAAACCUAGACCCCAGUUUAUCACAGAAAAGAAUAAGAAAAAAAAAUAAAAUUAAACCAAAAAAAAGGGAGGGGUGACACAACUCAAAGAGCAAAAAAUAUACUCUUCACCAAGAUGCCUCGUCAUCAACACAUUGUCCCAUGGACUGAUUCCGAGUCCGACUACUCAGAGUCGGACUAUUCCCUAGAGAACGGCCGCCGUCGGACAUCCUUUAGGAGGCGUUCCUUCUCCCGUCAUCGCUUCAGCCCCGAUCACGGUAGCACCACUUACCUGAGUCCCGUUGUGCAAGACGUGCAUUUGCACCGCUCUGCAUCCACGGGUGCCCGGCGACGACAGUCUCAUGAGCGUCCUCCGCCACCUCCGGCCGUCAUCGUCGAUAUCAAAAACGACUCGCGGAAUAAAGGCUCCAACAGAAGUGCCAACAGGGCCCGUAAGGACCAGCACCAGGAGACUUAUAUCGAUCCCUACGAGUCAGAGGACGAGACCCUCCUGCGUGCUCAUCAUCGACGGCCUCGCGCCAGCACUGCCAGUACGCCAAGAGAGGCUUCACCGCGGCAACAUGAGCGGGAUUAUGAGCUGGUGAUUGAUCAGCGGCUGCUGGAAAAGAACGACCAUCGACAGGAUCUGGAGCUGUUGAGACAGCAGCAGGAAAUAGAGCGUUUAGAACGGGAGUUGGCUCGCAAUCGGCUUGAAACCCGUGACGCUCGCGAUUCCCAUGAUGUUCGUAUUCUCAAGCAGGAAGAGGACUGGUACGAGGAUGAGAUUAGUGAGCGACUGAGGAGGCUGGAGAGGCAUGAGAAGAGCCAGCGCAUGGAGGAGGAACAGCGACAAGCGGAACACCGCUGGAAACUCCAUCAAUUUGAAGAAGCCCAGCGCCAUGCUAGGGAGGAAGAUGGCGUCAAAUCAAAACUGCGCGAAGAGAAGCUUAAGGAGCUCCGACACAAAAUUGAAGAGGAGGAAGAGCAGCGCAAAGCAGAACAUCGUUACAAGUUGCGUCAGUUUGAGGAAGCCCAGCGCCAUGCUAAGGAGGAAGACAGCGUCAAAUCAAGACUGCGCGAAGAGAAGCUUAAGGAGCUCCGACACAAAAUUGAAGAGGAGGAAGAGCAGCGCAAAGCAGAACACCGUUACAAGUUACGUCAGUUUGAGGAAGCCCAGCGCAAAGCUAGGGAGGAUGAAGAUGUCAAAUCGAAGCUGCGUGAGGAGAAGCUCAAGGGUCUUCAACGCAGAAUCGACGAGGAGGAGGCGCAGGAGCGACUCAAAGAGCAGAUCCGUCAGGAAAAGCUCAAGGAGCUCCAGCGUAAGAUUGACGAAGAGGAGGAGCGCGAGCGGAUCAAGAAAGAGAUCCGGGAUGAGGAGGCGAGAGCCCUGCUCGCAAAGCAGGAGAAAGAACGUAAAGAAGCUGCGAUGAAGGCAGCCGCCAUUGAGGAAUGGAAAUUGAACGAGGAGCGGCGGAUCAACGCCGAAAGAGAAGCGAAGCGGAGGCGCGACGAAGAAUUUAGGGCUCGACUGAGGAUCGAAUUCGGUUACACGGAGGAAGAAAUUGAAGAGAUAAUCACCAAAAAGAAGAAGAAGGAAGAGAAAGAAAACGGCAAGGAGGAAGAGAAGGAGAAGAGAAAGGAGAAGGAGAAGGACAAGGACAAGGAGAAGGAGAAGGAGAAAGAGAAGAAGAAGAAGGGAAAGGAGAAGGAGAAGGACGACGAUGAUGAAAGUGAAAAGGAAGAGAAAGAAGAGCACCGGCGGACGACGUGGAUCAAAGUCCACCGCAGACAUCUUCUGCCUGACACUCUAAUGGCUUAUCACUUGCCCUGGGACUGGGAUGACGUGAGUGCCCUCGAAGGAUUGGUAUCUCCGAAGUAGGCAAUGCUAACUGAUAGGUGUCAACAGCGCGAUAGCAACUAUAUCAUUAUCAAACAAUGGAUCUCAGAAGACUUCCAGGAAGAGCUCUUCGAUCACACCCGGCGACUUCGCGAAGGCAAACUCAUUACCCAGACCUCCAACACAUUGACGGAGUUGAAGGUCAACGACAGGAAGAAGGACAAGAUGUACCUUGUGCGGAAAAAGAGCCCCAGCCGGCGGGCAUGGAUUUUUACUUGAUCAGCCGAUUGAAUUGUUUGCGAAACAUAAGUGAUACCACUAUACGUCUGCUUUUCAUGAUUUAGGAUUUGGUGUCUCAGCUGUUUAUUGGUUUUUUUUUGUAAACUUUGAUGA